UGCAACCACAACCACGCUUGCCUCUUCAAUACAAACAACAAAUAAUUUCUCUCCAUGAAAAUCUUGGUUUGCUCCAAGAAUUUCUUGAGAAAUCUGAGAUCGCCUAUGCCUAUGAUAAUUCGGCGAUGAAAGAUUUUGAGGCAGAGAUGAGAGAUGUAGCGUUCAAAGCUGAAGAAGGGAUUGAGGUGGAGUUGACUACCAUAUAUCUAACAAAGGGUUGGACGAAGAGUCUUGCUUGCCUCAGGCUUCAUGGAAUCUUCAUUCAAGCUGUAAUACAGACUGAUUACCUCAAGAAGAAGUUGAUUAAAAUUAGUGAAAAGCAGCUUGCAAAGGUUCCAUCACAAGGUGAAAGGAUGCCACAAAGAGGACUACUCCAUGGUUCAACAUCAUCACAGUCUGAUCUAGAACGCGAGAAUAAUAUUACUGCGAGUACAUUUUCCAAAAACGCUUCAAUAAAGUUUGACAGAGGAAUGGUCGGAUGCGACGAGGAGUUCAAGACGAUAAUGGAUCAGCUCACCCGACAAUCAGCAAAGCAACUACAAGUUGUAUCAAUUGUAGGCAUGGGAGGAAUUGGGAAGACCACUUUAGCUCGGAAAGUCUAUGAAGAUUCAUCAAUUACUUCUCAUUUUGACAAACGAGCAUGGGUUACCGUAUCUCAAGAGUAUAACGUGGAACAAAUGCUCCAAUGCCUUAUUGGUUGUGUUAAUGUAGCAUCAAAUGAUGUACUCCAUGAACAAAGAGAUGACAACUUAGCAGAAAGUCUGCGCAAACACUUGAAGGAGCAGAGAUAUUUGAUAGUGAUAGAUGAUAUAUGGAGCAAAGAAGCUUGGGAUAGUGUGCAAAGAUGCUUUCCAGAUGACAAUAAUGGAAGUCGUAUACUACUGACUUCUCGACUUAGGGAGGUGGCUGAAUAUGUAAGCUCAUCAAGUAACUCUACCAUCAACAUGCCUUUCUUAGAUGCCAAUGAAAGUUGGAAUCUCUUUUGCAAUGUGUUUGGUAAAACGAAAUUUCUUUUAGUGUUUGAGCAAAUUGGUAAAGACAUAGUGAACAAAUGUGAAGGAUUACCUCUAGCUAUUAUUGUAGUAGCUAGUCUUCUCUUUCAUACAGGUGAGAUAGUGGAAAAGUGGGUGAAUGUUGCAGAAAAUGUGAGUAGAUAUGUAAUUGGUGAUUCUAAUGAUGCAUGCUCCAAAAUACUAUAUUUGAGUUACAACCAAUUACCGCACCACUUAAAAGCUUGUUUUCUAUAUUUUGGAGUUUUCUCGGAAGACUAUGAGAUCCAUGUGAAGAAGUUGGUUAGGUUGUGGGUGGCAGAAGGAUUUUUGAGAGCAGUGGACCAUCAAAAUAUGGAGGAAGUGGCCAUGGAAUGCUUGCAAGAUCUUGUUGGUAGAAGUCUUAUUUUUGUUAGCAAACAGAGUUACAAUGGAAAAAUGAAGACAGUAAGAAUACAUGACUUGUUGCGUGAUUUGUGUUUGAGAGAAGCUCGACAUGAAAAUCUCUUGAAUGUCAUUGGAGAUGAAAAACUUCCAUUUUACAAGAAGAAAAUCUCUUGUCGUUGGAUAAGAGCAGCAUCAGGGUUUGAUCUACUUCCUUUGACAAAGUGCUUUCACAAAUCACAUUCCUUACAUUAUCCAUAUGGUGUUUACUCUUAUAAUUCUGAAAGUGUGGAACGCCUAUUUUCACACUUCAAACUACUAAGAGUAGUAGAUAUAGAAUGGAUGUGUUCAUAUGGAUUUAGGGUACUAAAUGCGCUGGCAAAUCUUAUUCAUUUGAGAUACUUGGCUUUGAGGAAUUUAAGGAAUUUAGUACUUAAUGGCACUGAAUAUUUUGAUUUAGAGCUCUUUGAGUAUUGGAAUAUACAAAGCUUUAUUAUUUGCGGAGAUGAUGUUACGUUGGAUUUCUCUAAGGCAUCUGGAAUUUGUAAAAUGCCACUAUUAAGGAAUAUUUGCAUUGAACGGAUUGUUUCUUUAGGAACUUUGCCAGUUGUUCAUAGAAACUUAGAGAGUAUAUCUUGGUUGCAUCCUAAGCUCUGUACAAAGGAUCUGUUUACAAGGAUUCCAAAUUUAAAAAAAUUGGGGAUUGAUGGUGGAGUCGAUGAAAACAAUCUAGAUUGUUUUUAUAAUUUUGUGCACUUGGGGCAGCUUGAGAAGCUAAGCAUCAGAAAGUGGCAUUCUCUCAACCGUAUUCCAUGUAGCGGCAUCUCAUGGGCAACUAGUUUUCUACCAAAUCUUAAGAAGCUCAAGUUCAUGGAUACUAAUUUGCCAUGGAAUGCUAUGUGGCUUAUUGGUAUGUUGCCGAAUCUAGAGGUUCUAAAACUGAUAUGUGCUAUUGCUCUUGAUGACAGAAUGUGGGAGCCAUCCAAGGAAGGGUUCCGUCAAUUGAAAAGAUUGGUAAUUGAAGAUACAAUUUUGGAGCGUUGGAAUGCUGUGGGUGACAAUUUCCCUGUGUUAGAAUGUUUAGAGUUGCGUCAUUGCCUUUCUUUGCAAGAGAUUCCUAGUGGAUUUGCGGAUAUCACCACACUAGCACUGAUUCAGUUAAGCUGGUGUCUUGAUUCUGUUUUGGCUUCAGCAAAGUUGAUUCAAGAAGAGCAAUACAACUAUGGAAAUGCCCUCCUUGUUCGUUCGGAAAACAUUAUGACGAAACGUGUAAACAACAAAUAGGAAGAAUGGGAUGUGGAGGAAGAGAGUGAUCUUUUGGUGGAAUAGGCAGCAGAUAGAACUUUGGGCUGUUUCUAUAUAAAUCCUUAUGGGACCUUUAUCGCGCCUGCCACUAUACCUUCGAUAGGAGCGAGUCUACUCUUCCAAAGUACUUGGCGGAGGCAGUGGCCAUUCGGGAUGUGCUCAGCUGGGUGAAGACGAGGGAGGUAUCAAGGGAAGCUUCAAGUGGAAACAGAUGCACUGUCGGUGGUUCGAGGCUUAUCAAAUGACAAUGACGAGUCCUCAUUUUAUCUUAUCUUAGCUAACAUAAAAUUUCCACAUACUUUUGUGUCUUUUUCUAAACGAUCAGCGAAUCGUACUAUUCACAUGUUGGCUCGGAGUUAAUUUUUCAUUCUGAUUGUAAAGAAUGAUUAUCAUUCCCUCAGUACAUCAUAAAAGUACUCUCUCGCAUAACAUAGCAGGAGGAUCUGCUAUAUAUGAAGAUACCAAUGGUUUUUGUA